GCUCCACCGGCAAUCCCAGCAUGCACCGCGCCUCAUUAGCAUAACACAUUCCGCUAUCUACAAGAGCCGAGCGAACACAUUCAGCUCCGGAGAGCUACAAGCACAUCUAAAUUACUUAUAAUAUCAACACAGAGACAUGAGUGCGAACAUGAGCGACAGCGAGAAACUGGACAAGCAGCGGCUGAAGAACUUCAAGAAUAAAGGGCGCGAUCUGGAGACGAUGAGAAGACAGCGGACGGAAGUGGUGGUUGAACUCAGAAAGAAUAAGAGAGACGAGCACCUGCUGAAGCGGAGGAAUGUGCCACAUGAGGAUAUCUGUGACGAUUCUGACGCAGAUGGAGAUUUCAGAAGUCAAAACACUUCUCUUGAAGCAAUAGUGCAGAAUGCGACCAGUGAUAACCAGGGCAUUCAGCUCAGCGCCGUUCAGGCCGCCAGGAAGCUGCUGUCGAGUGACCGCAACCCUCCCAUAGACGACCUGAUCAAGUCUGGGAUUCUGCCCAUCUUGGUGCACUGUCUGGAUAGAGACGACAACCCUUCUCUGCAGUUUGAGGCGGCCUGGGCCUUGACCAACAUCGCAUCAGGCACUUCUGAGCAGACGCAGGCAGUGGUGCAGUCGAAUGCGGUUCCUCUGUUCCUGCGGCUGCUGCAUUCUCCGCACCAGAACGUGUGUGAGCAGGCGGUUUGGGCUUUAGGGAACAUCAUCGGUGACGGCCCUCAGUGCAGAGAUUACGUCAUCGGUCUGGGAGUGGUUAAGCCGCUCCUGUCCUUCAUCAGCCCCUCCAUACCCAUUACCUUCCUCCGCAACGUCACUUGGGUCAUGGUCAACCUGUGCCGCCACAAGGACCCGCCCCCGCCCAUGGAGACCAUCCAGGAGAUUCUUCCUGCGCUGUGCGUACUCAUCCACCACACUGAUGUCAAUAUCCUGGUGGACACGGUCUGGGCGCUGUCUUAUCUCACUGACGCUGGCAAUGAGCAGAUCCAGAUGGUCAUCGAUUCGGGGAUUGUACCAUACCUCGUCCCCUUACUGAGCCACCAGGAGGUCAAAGUUCAGACGGCAGCUCUGCGAGCGGUGGGGAAUAUUGUGACGGGCACGGACGAACAGACUCAGGUGGUGCUCAACUGUGACGCUCUGGGUCACUUCCCAGCUCUCCUCACACACCCCAAAGAGAAGAUCAACAAGGAGGCUGUGUGGUUCCUGUCCAACAUCACUGCUGGGAACCAGCAGCAGGUUCAGGCCGUCAUUGAUGCCAAUCUAGUGCCCAUGAUUAUUCUGCUGCUGGAUAAGGGAGAUUUUGGCACUCAGAAGGAGGCGGCGUGGGCCAUCAGCAACCUGACCAUCAGCGGCAGAAAGGAUCAGGUGGCGUACCUGAUCCAGCAGCAGGUGGUUCCUCCCUUCUGUAACCUGCUGACUGUCAAAGACGCUCAGGUGGUGCAGGUGGUUCUGGACGGGCUCAGUAAUAUCCUCAAGAUGGCUGAUGACGAAGCCGAGACUAUCGCCAACCUCAUCGAGGAGUGUGGAGGUUUGGAGAAAAUCGAGCAACUGCAGAACCAUGAGAAUGAGGACAUCUACAAACUGGCUUAUGAAAUAAUCGAUCAGUUCUUCUCAUCUGAUGAUAUUGACGAGGACUCCAACUUGGUUCCCGAAGCGAUCCAAGGAGGAACGUACAGCUUCAACUCUUCUACCAACGUGCCAGCAGAAGGGUUCCAGUUCUAGACGCCACGGGGAAAUCUGGAGUUUUGUUUGUGAUGCAGCACUCUGUUCAACAUUAAAAAUAAUUAGAGAGAGAGAGCGCGAGAGAGUGUGAGAAAUAUUAGAUCCGUUGUGCUUGGCUGAUGGGAUCCAGCUGCAUCUAAUCCGAGAGAAAUUGAGUGGAGCUCCUUCUGAAGGAAGCGUCCAGACGGCGUUUGAGACGGCUUUGAGUGGAUGCGAGUGAGAGUGAGUGGCUGACUACUAUGUUUCAAAACACGACCAUCUAAACCGAACGCGUGUCUUUUCAACAAAACCAAACCGAACCAAUGGGAAUAACGAAGAUGUCUCACGUGAAUAAUCUGAGGUAAGAACGCUAAAGGAGAGAACCUCACCACCAACGCCAACAACCAAGAGACGCGAACACACUUCUGAGGUGUGUGUGUGAGUGGCCCCUGAGCUGAGGGCCCGCGUUCAUCUGACGUGCUGGAGAACGAACCCAGCAGGCCAGAGCCCUCUCCCUUCACACCGCAGUCUUUGUGCUGCGUGUGCGCAACUGAAUGGACGUGACGUGUGUGUGUGUGUGUGUGUGUGUGUGUGUGUGUGCUCGACUGACUGAAGAAACGCAGGACUGAAUGCAACGAACGCAGCGAGUCGACAUCGUGUGGAAGGUGACCAAUUCAACGGGAAAUUGUGGAAUAGCCUGGAAGAGGAGGCUAAAUUAAUAAUAAUUAAAAUAAAUCACCUUCAGUGGAACGACUGGACAUCAGUGAUCUAAAGAAGACAAUGUCAUGACUUUAAUUCUCCCUUUUCUUUUAACUGUUAUUUAGUGUUGAUGACACUGGACUGAGCUUUGGGUGUUGCGUCGAGGAGGUCGUUGGGGACGUGCGUUUUGUCCCAGUGUGUGUUUUUUUCCCCUCUCCCUUUUGCUUUUGGUCUCCCCCGUUUCAGCUUUUAUUUUUCAGUGCUGGUGUAAAUACAUGUAAUACACAUUGUGCACUGUUGUACCUUUACUUUGCACAGACCCCGGGCUAUUGUACAUUAACCGCUCUGCUUUCAUGAUGAGUUUCCCCCUUUUCUGUUCUCGGGAAUAAAUCCGAUGGCUUUGAGCCGUGCGCGAUCAUGUGGGGAGGUGUUUUAUGUGCGAGAGGUUUCAGACAUAUCUAUAGCAUGUGCUAAACUGCGGCAUAGUUCAUUUUAGUGGGUUUUAGUUUUGUAAGUGUAAGCUGUUUUUUUUUCUUUAUUUUUUAAAAGUACCUACUGUAAUGUUUGUGACUUUU